AUGGAGAAUGAAGAGCGGUCAGGUGGGAGAGCGAGCUCAGCUCAUGCGCUCUUAGGCCCGUUCUCAACCGGCCGCAUGCGGCCGCACCGCAUCGCACAGUUUUGUACAAUGCGGCUGCAUGCGGCCGCAUCGGUUGAGAACGCUCCGCGAGGAGCUUUGCUGGCCGCCCACGCCGUCGCCAGCGACCGCGAGGACGCGCAGCAGCAGCUGGCGCAGCCACUCAAGACGCUGUCGGAGGAGCUGGAGCUCGUGGCGGCCGCUGCGACGACCGUGCCGCUCGCCGCCGCGCUGACCCCGGACUUCUAUGCAAGCUACCUGCUCAUUGUGCUGCUGGCGAAGAAAAUGAAUGACGCGCGGUUCCUGUGGAAGCGCAUCGCGCGGAGAACUCCGAGGAGGUCCCGUGCUGUGUGGGAGAUCGGCAAGGCGCUGUGGCAGCCUGCCACCCGCGAGGGCACUGCAGAGCUGCUGAGUCUUGCGUAUUCGACAAUUUCGGUCAGCGAUGCCGCGCUGGGCUUAGCUCGGCACGAAGACGCGAUGCAGUACUGCUCGUCGCUGAACUGGGAGGUGAAUGCGGCGGACCAAAUGAUCCUGCCAGAACACGGAGGCUCUGCAAGUCAAAACACCAGUGACGCCGAGUCCACCGUCAGCACGCGCAGUAGCAAGAGCAGCAAGAACAACAGCAGCAGCUCGUCGUGGAAGCAGAAGCGGCGACGGCUCAAGACGGAGCGGCUCAGCAGCACGACCAUGGCCAUUGGGACCUCCGUCAUCUCCAAAAGCUCCCCCAGUCGUGCAGAUCGGGGCGACGACCUGGCGGUGACGAAUCCCAUCGAGCAGAAGGCUUGCGACGCUUUCCUGCUGAAGGUGAACCAGAUCGCCAGCAACACGGCGUCGAUUGAGGCAGUGACGGUGGAGAAGAAGAGUGUGGCCGCCGGUGUUAAGAAGGGCGCUCCGUGCCAUGCUGAGCGUUUGGUCAAGUACAACCAGGCUCAGUCUAUCGAGAAGGAUCGCGACGAUAAGACAACGCUAGUGGGAAUGGAGAAGCUGGACAAACACCACGCACCCGAGCUGGGCAUUGCCGACUUUGGCGAGAGCGAGGAGCAACGCAGACUGAGGAGACACACGCCGCUCGGCGCCGAGAAGUACGAGGUCGGAGCCACGUACACCUUCGAUAAUCUGGCGCUGGGCAACAAGGCGAGCGACUACACUAGUUUCUACGCAGAUGUGCUGUACACGGCCGAGCAGUUCGUGUCGUUCGGGCCGCAGGCCGAGAUCAAGGAGUACUGCACGCUGUUGUCGUACCAUAUCCACCGUCGUCGGCAAUCCUGCGUCGGUGCCCAGGGACGCCUGCACCAACAACCGAACGCACUGCCUCCGUUCCUGGCGUACUCGGGCUCGAGCAACGUCACGGCCUCAGUCGUGUACGUGUACAGCACGACUUUGUAUGAAUACGUGUUAAUGCUGAACACGUACAGUCGAUAA